GAAAGAUGUCUUCUAUUCCUACGAUCAAACCGUCCCAGGAAGUAUCCAUUCCCGCAAUCGGUUACGGCACCGGCACAGCCUGGUACAAAGGCCCGAACGAUCCCCUCAACAAAGACCUUAUCUCAUCCAUCAAGUCAGCCCUCGAUGCGGGGUUCACUCAUCUGGAUUGUGCGGAAGUCUACAACACGGAGACUGAGGUUGGACAGGCGAUCAAAGAGUCCGGUGUGGAUCGCAGUAAGUUGUUGAUCACGACUAAAGUGAUUACCAACAUCGCCGACCCCAUUGCCGCCCUCCGCACUUCCCUCGAGAAGCUCGGCACGGACUACGUCGACCUCUAUCUCAUACACGCACCCUUCUUCGCCACAAAGCCCAACCCCCCCAAUUCCCUCCUCAACGCCUGGUCCUCCCUAAUUGAUGCCAAACACCAAGGUCUCACAAAGGCCAUUGGUGUCUCAAACUUCCGUAUCCAGGAUCUUGAGGAGUUGAAAAAGUCGCCCAAUUGGGUGAAACCGAGCGUUAACCAGAUCGAAUAUCAUCCGUGUUUGCAGCAGGAAGAGUUAGUGGGGUAUAUGAACAAGGAGGGGAUCAAGAUAGCGUGUUAUUCCCCUUUGGUGCCGAUCACGAGGGAUGUUGGGACGGGGGCGGUGAAGAAGCUCGCGGAGAGGAUUGCGGAGAAGCACGGGAAGACAUCGGGUCAAAUCCUCCUCAAAUGGAGUCUCCAAAAAGGUCACAUCCUGAUCACAACCUCCGCAAAGCCCAGCCGCAUGUCGGAACAACUCGCCGCCGCCUCCCCGGACUGGUCUCUUACCGAAGAGGAGUGCCAGGAUAUCGAAAAGGCGGGAGCGAAGCCCGAGGAACAUUUUAGGGCGUUUUGGAAGGAAGAGAUGGAGGGGAGCGGAAAGUGAGCAGCAAAUUGCGAUAUCCUGUGGAGUUGGGCCCGAGCCUGGUGUCAGAGGGAUCUCUUGGUGU